UUUGUGAUGGUUUAAUGUUGUUGAGUUCAACAAUGAUGGAAAACUCACACGAAGGAAGAUAUCACAUAUACAACCCAACAUUGGAUUUUUUUUCAUAUUCUUCCUAUGUUCGUCAGGUACCAUGAGCUUUACGAAAGAGGUACGGGCCUUGUGUACAAAAGAGAGUCUUCAAAUCAAUUCAAAGUGAUUUAUGUGGGUAGCAAGCGUGACGAUUCUAGAGUUGAAUCAUUAUAUCCCUUCUAUAACAUCAAAUUACCGAUUCCCAACCCCGCCUUACCCAAAAAUCAGACCUCACAAAAUCUUUCAUAGAGCCGACGAUUGAAGAUCUACGACUCCUCACACUCACAACGCCGGUGAUUUUAAGGUUUUUUGUCCCCGAUAUCAAGGAACAACUAGGGCUUUUAUGCUCCCGACCUCACAAGGGCGGACCCAAGAACUAGGGUUAUCAGCGUCUUCAGGAAGAACAAGGAUAUCCGCUCUUCCUCCUUCCCAUUCGACUAAUUCUUCGUCAGCUCUUGUUGAAUACAUGUCUCCCAAAUCAAAUCAGGAAGAUGAGGACCUCGAGGUGAAGCGAUAUCGAAUUAAGGAAACAUCUAUUUCACAGUUCAUUCAGCGUCUCCUUUCAAACCCACAGAACACGAAUCUGAUACUCAAUCCCCAAUACAGAGAGAUAACGCAAAACCCUGUCUUCACUAGUAAAAGUCAACUGACUUCACCAGAGACUAUGCAGAUACUCUGCAUUAUUAACUACUCCAGCCCUUUGUCAAGAAGGAAGACUCAAGGAACUACAAGAUAUAUUAGAAGCAGUGAAAAUGGAACAACCACAAGUGAGGUUGAAUGA